AUGGACGACGAAUACCGAAAUAUAAUGUUGCAAGCCUCUGCACCUGGAGAGGAAGAGGUUAGAAUGAACGUUGCUCAAAUUGGAGCAAUUAGGGUCCCGGGUCAUGUUGCUUCCUUUCCAGAUGAUGGUGCAACUGGGAACGAUACAAAAGUAGGUGUCAUGGAGGAUGCUGAAUCACCGUCAUCAGAAAAUCCUCAAGAAACUUCCCCAGUAGAAGCCCGAGUCGUCCGUUUUGGAUUCACUAUGAAAUAA